AUGGUUCUUGCUGCUCGAUGUGGGCAGGCCGCCGCCCUGCUGCGCCAGCGCUGCAUUGCUGAAACCCGCCCGGCACUCUCUCUCCGCGCAUUCUCAACUCAGUCCGUCCGUUCGACGACCUCGACUCUACGCCUGCAGAAGAUCCCCACGGCGCGCCCCCCGGCCGCCGAGUCUUACCUCGCUAGCGGUGCGGUGUCCACCGGUAGCAACCUCGUCGAUGUCAAGAAGGUCCUCGUCAUUGGUAGUGGUGGUCUGAGCAUUGGACAAGCUGGAGAAUUCGAUUACUCUGGCUCUCAAGCCCUCAAGGCUCUCAAGGAAGCCGGCGUUCACUCAAUCCUGAUCAACCCCAACAUCGCGACUAUCCAGACCGACCACAAGCUUGCGGAUGAAGUCUACUACCUCCCCGUCACCCCCGAAUAUGUUACCCACGUCAUUGAGCGCGAGCGCCCUGAUGGUAUUCUCCUCACCUUCGGUGGUCAGACCGCCCUGAACCUGGGUGUGCAGAUGAACCGCAUGGGCACAUUUGAACGCUACGGUGUCAAGGUGCUCGGUACCCCUAUCAAGACCCUGGAGACCAGUGAGGACCGUGACCUCUUCGCCCAGGCCUUGAACGAGAUCGAUAUUCCUAUUGCCGAAUCGACAGCCGUCGAGACUGUCGAGGACGCUCUAAAGGCUGCCGAGGAGAUUCUCGUCGAGAAGUCCCUCAAGGGCUGGAAGGAGGUUGAGUACGAGGUUGUCCGUGACGCUGCCAACAACUGUAUUACCGUUUGCAACAUGGAGAACUUCGACCCCCUCGGAAUCCACACCGGUGACAGUAUCGUUGUUGCCCCUAGUCAGACUCUGUCUGAUGAGGAGUACCAUAUGCUCCGCACUGCUGCCAUCAAGAUUGUCCGUCACUUGGGCGUCGUUGGCGAGUGCAAUGUCCAGUAUGCUCUGCAGCCCGAUGGACUUGACUACCGUGUCAUCGAGGUCAACGCUCGUCUUUCGCGUUCGUCCGCUCUGGCUUCCAAGGCCACCGGUUACCCGCUUGCUUACACCGCGGCUAAGAUUGGCUUGGGACACACUCUUCCCGAGCUCCCCAACGCCGUUACCAAGACCACCACCGCCAACUUCGAGCCCAGUCUGGACUACGUCGUCACUAAGAUUCCCCGCUGGGACUUGAGCAAGUUCCAGCACGUCAACCGCGACAUUGGCUCCGCCAUGAAGUCGGUUGGUGAGGUUAUGGCUAUUGGUCGUACCUGGGAGGAGUCCCUGCAGAAGGCCAUCCGUCAGGUUGACCCUCAAUACCUUGGUCUCCAGGGCGAUAAGUUCGAUGACCUCGAUGAGACUCUCCGCAACCCCACCGAUCGCCGCUGGUUGGCCGUUGGACAGGCUAUGCUCCACGAGAACUACUCCGUUGAUAAGGUCCACGAGCUGACCAAGAUCGACAAGUGGUUCUUGUACAAGAUCCAGAACAUUGUGGAUUGUAACAACGAGCUUAAGGAGAUCGGCAGCCUCUUCGGCCUCAAGCAGGAGAUCCUGAUGAAGGCCAAGAAGCUCGGUUUCUCUGAUAAGCAGAUCUCUCUCCUUGUUGGAUCCACCGAGGAUGAUGUUCGUGCCCGCCGUAAGUCCUUCGGCAUCACCCCUUGGGUUAAGAAGAUCGACACCCUUGCUGCCGAGUUCCCUGCCGACACCAACUACCUCUACACCACCUACAACGCCUCCUCCCACGAUGUUACCUUCGAUGACCACGGAACUAUCAUUCUGGGCAGCGGUGUGUACCGUAUCGGUAGCUCCGUCGAGUUCGAUUGGUGCGCUGUUAACGCCACUCUCUCCCUCCGCGAGAUGGGCAAGAAGACCGUUAUGAUCAACUACAACCCCGAGACCUACUCCACUGACUUCGAUACCGCUGACAAGCUGUACUUCGAGGAGCUUAGCUACGAGCGUGUUAUGGAUAUCUACGACCUCGAGGCCGCUAGCGGUGUCGUUGUCUCUGUCGGUGGUCAGCUGCCUCAGAACAUUGCCCUCCGUCUGCAAGAGACCGGUGGUGCUACUAUCCUAGGUACCAACCCUCUGGACAUUGACAAGGCCGAGGACCGUCACAAGUUCUCCUCUAUCCUCGAUAGCAUUGGUGUCGACCAGCCCGCCUGGAAGGAACUGACCUCUGUCGCUGAUGCCGAGACCUUUGCCGACACUGUUGGUUACCCCGUCCUGGUUCGUCCUAGUUACGUCCUGUCCGGUGCCGCCAUGAACGUCAUCUACGGUGUCGAUGAGCUCAAGGAGAAGCUCCUGAACGCCGCUGCCGUUUCCCCUGACCACCCCGUCGUCAUCACCAAGUUCAUCGAGGGUGCCGAGGAGAUCGAUGUGGAUGCCGUUGCUUCCAACGGUAAGCUGAUUGUCCACGCCGUCUCCGAGCACGUCGAGCCCGCUGGUGUUCACUCCGGUGAUGCCACCCUUGUCCUGCCCCCUGCCAACAUCCCAGAGCCCAUCAUGGCCCGCGUCAAGGAGAUCGCCGAGAAGGUCGCCAAGGCCUGGAACAUCACUGGUCCCUUCAACAUGCAGAUCAUCAAGGCCGAUCAGGAGGGUGCCGAGCCCACGCUCAAGGUUAUUGAGUGCAACCUGCGCGCCUCCCGCUCCUUCCCCUUCGUCAGCAAGGUCCUGGGUACCAACUUCAUCGAUGUCGCCACCAAGGCUCUCGUCGGCCGUGAUGUCCCCGAGCCCGUCGACCUCAUGAAGGUGAAGCGUGACUACCUUGCCACUAAGGUUCCCCAAUUCUCCUGGACCCGUCUAGCUGGUGCCGACCCCUUCCUGGGCGUCGAGAUGUCCUCCACCGGUGAGAUUGCUUGCUUCGGUAAGGAUCUGGUUGAGGCCUACUGGUCUUCCCUCCAGUCCACCAUGAACUUCCGCAUGCCCGAGCCCGGUGAGGGUAUCUUGCUCGGCGGUGAUAUCGCCCAGCCCUACCUCGCCAAGAUUAUCGAGUACUUGAACCCUCUUGGCUACAAGUUCUUCGCCGUCAACCCCGUGGUUAAGGAUCACCUCGAGUCCGCCGCCAACGUCUCCGUGCAGCUGAUUGAGUUCCCCAAGAAGGACAAGCGUGCUCUCCGUGAGGUGUUCCAGAAGUACGACAUCCGUGGCUGCUUCAACCUUGCCAAGACCCGUGGCAAGACCCAGCUUGAUGAGGACUAUGUUAUGCGUCGCAACGCUGUCGAUUUCAGCGUGCCUCUCUUCAUGGAGCCUAAGACUGCCCAGCUCUUCGCUCAGUGCAUGAGCGAGAAGCUGCCCCGCGGUGAGGGAAUUCCCUCCGAGGUCCGCACCUGGUCCAACUUCGUCGGUGGCAAGGCACUGUAA